AUGAAAGGCCCCAUUCCGACCACCGUUCUGGAUGGAGACUGGGGUAUUUAUUACAACAAAUUGCUCAAAGAUGUGGUUGGACUCGUCAAUGAUUUCUGGGACGGGGAGCCUACGCAUCUCACAGGUUAUAUCCACAGGGCACUAGCAUUGAAAGAUCAUAAAAGAGCAGCUUUGCUUGCUUUUGCCGCGCUUGUCAUCUUUGCCGAUGAUGACUGUAGCUGGGUCUUGCAAAAGAUACCGUUUUUUCGAACCGAAAUUAUCGCCAACCUCGAACCCAUUGAAUGGAUUUGGGAGAAGGCGGGCUGUAACACCUAUCUUCCUGCUAAGCAUCAUUAUAACAAGCAAAAGAGUGUACAUAUCUCUACAACUACUACCGAAGGGGGCUGGAACGCGGCUAACAAGCCGCCCUGGGGCUCGAGCUCGCCCCUAACCUUAGGACUCGGGGGCGCCUCCGCGUCGCCUUCGCUUCGCCAGCAGACUGGCCCUGAAACAGUGGAUGAUAGAGGAGAAUCGAAUGACGAUGAAUGGAGAUCAUGGGGUCGGAGCUCGCCCGCGAACUCAGGACUCGGAAGCGCCGUCGCUUCGCCUGAGCCACGCCAGCAGUCCAACGCUGAAACACAGAGCCCUCAGUCUGCGAGUCGACUCGGGCCCACUAACGCAUCUCCAUUUGCUUGGUGCACGCGGUGCGUCAAGCGUAUUGGAAAGGAAGGCCACAAGUCGUGCAACCGAUCAAGCUCAUAUGAGAAGUGUCGGUAUUGCCAAGAACUGGGCAAGCUGUGCGUGCCAGUGCCUAUUCCCCUGCGGGGAGAUGUCACCAACCUUCUCCUUCUUGGUCCCGAUCGCCAGCUAGCAGCGGUCGCAGCAUUUGCUAGAAAGGCAGAUGCCUAUCGCGAAGCGAUUGGUGACUCCACCGACAAGCAGAAGCUCAUUGUGAUGCAGUCUUUGAAUCGCAACAUGUUCCGCCUGGUAAAUGCUGUGUGUGCCGCCAGUGGCCAGCCGGUGUUCCCAGACAAGGAUGAGGAGGUCUGGCCGGAGGUGCACGGGGGCGUGGUUGACAGAAAGGAGGAAGAGCAGGUUUUCUUAGAGGUGCACGGGGGCAUGGUUGACGGAAAGGAGGAGUGGUAG